AUGCAGUCGACGGAGUCCGCCCAGCGCCGGGCCUCCUCCACGGCCGCCACCGCGCCCCGGCGGAGCAUGGGGUGCAUGGCCGGCCUCCUCCGCCUUCUCUCCCCGUACCAUCGCCACCGGAAGCGUCUCACCGCCAAGAACGCCACGCCCGAGGCCUCCCUACCGCCCCCGUCUCCACCGCCCAUGAAGAAGCCGGCAGCGUCGUCGGCACCGACGCAGGUCCCAGGGAAGCCGCAGACGCCGACAGCUGUCCGGCGGCGGCGUUCAUGCGAAGCGCCUCGGAGCCCGACGAUCGCUCCUGAGUACCGCCGGGCCAGCUGUGACAGCCCCAGGCCGCCGCCGCCAGCUAUCGUCGCGCGCCUAAUGGGACUGGAGGAGUCCGCGCCGGCUUCCCCCGCCACGACCCCGCGGCCACGACCGCUGCCGACCCGCCCUCCUCCUCCCCCGCCACCAGAGAUGGCCGCCGAGAAGCGGCGCAAGCUGCUGGGCGCGCUGGAGAAAUGCGACGACGACCUCCAGACACUGCGGCGGAUCAUCGCGGCCGUCCGGGCUGCCGAGCUGCGGUCGGCCGCUGCGUCCGACGUCUCGCCGGCUCCGGCAGGGGAAGGCAAGGGCGCCAAGUGGAUGGACGGCUCGCCGCCGCUGCAGCAGAAGCCGCGGGCCGAGGCGCAGUAUCCCAGCCCGGACUCGGUGCUGGACGCCAUCAUCUCACCGAGAUUUCCAUGCAGGAAGCGAUCGUCUCCAUGCACACAUCUCGAUGCAGACAGCAAGCCCGAGAUUUCCCGUUGCGGCAACGACGCGCUCAUAGUACGAUCCAAGAUCGUGAAGCCCUCCCGAACACUUGUUUUCUCCGGGGACUACUGCAAGAUCAAGCAAUACUGCAACGAGCUGCACGCCAUGGCCAUGUACCACCACCCGGCGACGGUGGCGGCCGUCGAGGGAAUGCCGCGGUGGACGCCGUCAGCAGCCGAGGCGCAGGGCUGGCAGCAUCGGCGACGGUGGGGCCUCCAGGGCCCAGAGCGGAGCCGCGCGAUGGUGGAGAGCGUGGGCGAGGUGUGGGGGCAGGGCGCCGGCGAGGAGCGGUGGGAGGCCGGCCUCGUCGGCGCCGCGCUGGAGCGCGCCAUCCUGCAGGAACUGGUCUUGGACGUCGUGACGGAGCUGCUCGCGCACUCCGAGCGGCCGUUCGGCCAGUUUGGCCGCGGGCACGACCACGGCGGCGGUGCCAUGUGCCGGAAGAGGCUCUGUUUCUGA